AUGCAUACGGAGACUCUACCACUGCUGCAUCAGCGAGUAACGUUCGUCUUCGAAGCGCCUCGCCGCAUCAUCAGCUUCCUUCGGAGGGCUCCACAGCAGCAUCUCGACAACGUCUCGAAGCUACACUUCUACUACAACACCUACGGCAGUCCUUUAUCGGCGAACGACGUCUCUUGGCAGGACAAACAUGUCGAGAGCUGGGUGCGUGCAUUCAAGGUUGCGUCUGAGAGUCUCACCUGCUUGCGAGAGAUUGCGAUUGAGAUCUGGAUCAAUGAAGAUGCUCCAAAGUUCAACCUUCGCCAGAAGUGGCUCCAGCCAUUGUUGCAGUUUCGGCGACUAUCUUUGAACAAGAACAAGGACGGCGAGCCAAGCAGUAUGGAACUCACACAGAAGCUGCACGCCCUGCAGGCAGCCAAUAUCAAAGUCAAAUCCCGGCUAUGGAAACACAACUUCGAAAUGAACACGCGCCUGUCAAAAGCAUGCAAGCACUUGCACAGACUGUUCGGUCAGGGAAUCAGCCGUGCUAUACUUGGGGCGAAGGAAGAGGAAGCUAUGACUGCAUUCAAUACGGCGUGGAACGACAAGUACAAGAUAUGGCAGCACCAUCUUGGCUUCGCAAAGACAGGCUGGUGA